UACAACGUUUUGUAGCGAGUUGUCGGAGAGCUGGUGGCGGGAGCGGGAUGCACGGGAGGCUGCCCAGUCUGAUUGUGCCCAGGAAGGCAGAGAGUGAGGUGCUUUUGCCUCCAGUUGCUGAUGAUGAAGUGCUCCACAACAACAGCCUUAUCCAACAGCUGAUCAUGGCAGCAAAGGAUGCAGCUCUUCUUCAUGGAGUUCUCAUGAGGACGAAAGAGGAGCCAUCUAGCUCUGAGGCAACUAGCUAUGCACCAUUUAGUCUCUUCCCAUCACCCGUACCGAAGAAACUGUUCACACAGGCGUGUGAGGUUCAACAAGACUUUAAUAUGCUGGUUGACAGAAUAAGCCAGGACUCCGAAUUUCUAACCAAAGCCCUAGCAAGCACUGUCGAAGUGGAUGAUUUUACAGCUGGUCUCUUCAGCAUCUAUAAAGAAGUGCUCAAAGAAGGUAUUGCCCAGCCAAUUGUUUUAGGUAUAAACAGAUCUGACUACAUGUUUGACAGAGGACUUGAUCACAACGUUUCCUUAAAACAAAUAGAAAUUAAUACCAUUGCUGCUAGUUACGCAGGACUGGCUGAGCGAGUCCCGGAUAUACAUAGGCAUGUUCUGAACUUCUGGGGAAAAUCUGAUGAAGCAGCCAAGGUCUUGAGUAACCCUGCUGUAAAGGGCAUUGCUGAAGGAAUCGCAAAAGCAUGGCAAUUAUAUGGAUCACCAUCGGCAGUGGUUCUCUUCCUAGUGGAAAAGGUCUCCAGGAACAUCUUUGACCAACGCUGCUUGGAAAUGGAGCUGUGGAAUAAAAACAUUCGUGUCAUAAGAAGACAGACUGUGGACAUACAUGAGAGGGGGUCCCUGGAUGAUGAUAAGAAACUUUUUGUAGAUGGAUAUGAAAUUGCGGUCGCUUACUUUCGCACUGGAUAUAGUCCAGAAGAUUACCAAAAUGAAAAUUGCUGGCAAGCUCGGUUAUUGAUUGAACGUUCCAAAGCAAUUAAAUGUCCUGAUAUUGCCACCCACCUUGUGGGAACCAAGAAAGUCCAGCAGGAAUUAGCACGCAGUGGAGUAGUAGAGAAAUACCUAACCGAGUGUCCGAAAUCGGCUCAGCGGAUCCGCGCAACAUUUGUCGGCCUGUACAGCAUCGAUGAGGGUCCUGAAGGUGAUGAAGUAAUAACGAAAGCGUUGGAAGAUCCGGAAAGUUUUGUGCUGAAGCCACAGCGGGAGGGAGGAGGAAAUAACAUUUUUGGGGAAGAGCUCAGGCAGCUCCUUGGAACCUUUAAAGAUGGACCAAAGAGAUCAGCUUAUAUUCUGAUGGAUAGGAUCAAGCCUCAGACUGUGAAGAAUUAUCUGCUGCAUCCAGGAACACCUUCAAAACUGUCGGACUGCGUGGUUGAGCUGGGAGUGUUUGGGGUCUACAUCAGGAAGUGCCGGAAGCUGAUCAUGAAUGAAAGUCCUGGCCACCUCCUUCGCACAAAGAGUACAGAGUUCGCAGAUGGUGGAGUAUCUGCCGGUGUGGCCGUUCUGGAUACACCCUAUCUUAUCUGAACGACAGACUGUGUGUCAGAACAGAAUCAAAUCAUUAUUGGGGUAGAGAACUAAACUGCAUUCCAUCCCCUCUGCCUCCACCUCCCAUCAAAUCCUGCACCCCAGUCCUGCUUCCCACAAUUCACGCAGGAUGUCGUUUCCUCACAAUUGGGGGGGUGGUGGGGAGCUGUGAGCAUUAUAGCUGAGUGCACAUUUACAAGCAGGUGAUUUAUCCAUUAUCCAUCCUUUCUUCCCUAAGUUCUCAGGGGGAAACAGCUGACUCAGUAUGUGCUGAUGCUCUGUUUCUCAGAUUGUGUUCUACUGUAUCUUGACCAUUUCUCUAUGAGCACAUAAACAGACUCUUCGGUCCAACCAGUCCAUGCUGAGCGUAAUGCCAAAGUAAACCAGUCCCACCUGCCUGCUCCUGAUCCAUAUCGCUCCAUGUCUUUCCUAAUCAUGAACUUAUCCAUGUAUCUUUUGUGCCCACAUCCACCACUACUUCAGUAAGACAGCUACCGUCAACCGUAUCAAUACCCCUCAUGAUUUUUCAAACUUCUAUAAGGUCACCUCAAGCUCUUGGAUCUACACAGGACAGGAUCCCAAGUUGAUGUACUGAGUACACAGCAGCGUCACUCUGACAAAGCUCUGUUUCUCUGCUUUCUGUUGCAUGACCUAUCCGCAGACUAAAUUUAUUUUUCAGUAAAUCCCUAAUCCCCUCAGCUGGUCGUUUGCGUAAUUCUGUCCUGUACUAGUUAUUUUGAUUUAUUCUCCAGCUAUGGAGUUAUCUGGUGAUACAGUUGACAUUUUAAAACAUGGUGCUUUUAAACUGAAACAAAUUUCAAAUUGUAGUUGGAGCAAUCUCGCUCUCGCUCUCUCUCUCUCCCUCCUUCUGUAAUUUCAAGUACUUUUGAAUGGUCCCUUAACUUGCGCUGCUGUAAAGAAAGCUUUUGCAUUUUCACUAACACCUCCAGAAACUAAAGUCCUUCAUUUCUGGGACCAUUCUUAUCAUUUUCCUCUCCAUUACAAUGCACACUAUUCCUAAACAGUGGGAUUACAUUAGAGUGGUGCUGGAAAAGCCCAGCAGAUCAGGCAGCAUCUGAGAAGCAGGAAAA